AUGGUCGUCCUCGCAGCGUCAAUAUGCACCCGCGGGGGCAAAGCAGUCCUCUCGCGCCAGUUCCGGGAAAUUGCCCGCUCUAGAAUUGAGGCUCUACUCGCGUCGUUCCCGAAACUCGCAGAUUCCGGUACCCAGCACACGACCGUUGAGCAAGACAAUGUCCGCUUCGUCUACCAACCCCUCGACGAGCUAUACAUCGUCCUGAUCACAAACCGCCAAUCGAACAUCCUGCAAGAUAUCGACAGCCUUCAUCUCUUUGCUCAAGUGACUACCAGUAUUUGCAAGAGCUUGGACGAGCGGGAGAUCCUGCGCAAUGCUUUCGAAUUGCUCAGCGCAUACGACGAGCUGGUGACCCUCGGAUAUAGGGAGAACCUGUCGCUCUCUCAAAUCAAGACAUUCCUGGAGAUGGAGAGUCACGAGGAGAGAAUCCAAGAAAUCAUAGAAAGGAACAAAGAACUCGAAGCGAGCGAAGAACGCAAAAGAAAGGCCAAGCAGCUGGAGAUGCAACGAAAAGAGGCCGCUCGCAAUUCACGCAGCAUCGCUCCCCGAACCCCGUCCUACCCUGUCUACACGCCCCCUUCGCGCCCUGCUGUACCCGACACCUACGACAGCUAUGAAGCGGAGAAGAAGAAGACCUUCGCCAAACCGUUGCCUGCGCGUGGGAAAGGAAUGCAGCUCGGUAAAAAGUCAAAGACUACCGAUAUAUAUGAGAAGGUCCGGGGUGAUUUGGGGCCGGAGGCUGAAGAGUCAAACCCCCUGGUUACACCCCAAGCGUCGACGCCAGUUGCCGACAGAGUGUCUUCCGCUCGCCCUUCACUCUCCGCGGAUCGGGAGCCAAUUCACAUUACCAUUGCCGAGACCAUUUCCGCUGCGCUCACUCGUGAAGGUGCGCUCAAAUCUUUUGAAGUGAAGGGUGAUCUUCAGCUUCGUAUCACCGACCCUGCAUUCACAAAACUUAAACUGGACCUUCUCGCAAACCCCACCCACGGUGCGCAGUUUCGCACUCACCCAAAUGUCGACAAGGCUGUCUUCAGCAACUCCUCUAUUAUUCAGCUAAAGGAUACUUCGAAGAGGUUCCCGGCUAACAACUCAAUCGGCGUUCUCCGCUGGCGGGUUGCGGGUGCAGGCUCUGACAAUGCGGACGUUCUACCCAUCACAUUUACGGUUUGGGUCAACAAGGGCUCCGACUCAACCACAGUGACCGUUGAGUAUGAGCUCACAGGCUCUGACAGUCUCCGUGACGUUGUUGUCACCAUCCCGUACGGCACGAGUGAGCCAGCUGUGUCCAGCUUCGACGCUGUUUACGAAGUCUCGGGAGACAGUCUUGACUGGAACAUUGGAAACGUGGAUGAGGAAAAUGCCUCUGGCAGCUUCGAGUUCGAAUCUACGGGUGAUGACGAAAAUGAGUUCUUCCCAAUGACAGUGCGAUUCUCCAAGGCAACCCCGUUUGUCGAGGUCGACGUCUCAGACAUUUCCCUCAUAGAGGAGGGGGAAAGCACUGUGUAUUCCAAGGACGUUAAGAGCGUCGCGGAAGGAUAUCUUAUUGAAUAA